GCCAUCCUGAGCGACCCGUGAGCGAUGGAGGAAACUCGCCAGCUCUUUCGUCCCGCCCGCUGGGCCGCGCCGGACCUGACAAGUAUAGUGAGCUCGCCAGCUCUUUGCGCCGCGUGGCACUUCGCGACAUCGAUCGUUACUUUGCGUGGCAGGUCCAACCGACCUUGCCAGUGUCCGCAGAGUGCGGCGCCAAGAUCGUUCCUUUGCCAGUGAUCAUGUCGCAGACCAACCUUGUUGGCUUUCUGUCCAACUUUGUUGGCGUUCUGUCGGGAGCGAAGCAGGCUGGCAGGUGGAUCCCGGAGGCCAAGAUCUGCGAGCGCGCCCCCCCGGGUUCGCCCAACUUGGACUUUUCUCAAGCGGUCUUCGUCCACCCAGAGGUGAAGAUCUGGGGGCAACUGUUGAUGGAGAAGAUGAAAACCUAUGGUUGUGUCGAGCGUGUGACAGCGCGGACUGGAGAGUUAGCCCUGGUCAUGGAUGGACAUGCAUGCGAUGUGGCAAUGACAGUUGGAUGUUUGUGCCAAAUGCCCCACCUAGCAAUGCUGGCAGCCGUAGAAACCAUGAUGAUCCAGAUGAUGCCUCGCUGCAGGAAGCCUAUGCUGAGUCAGACAGUGACAGCAGAUCCUUCGGUCGACCCAGUCACCCUAUCUCCAAUGAAUAUGUCGAGACGUCAGCGUAGAGCCUUGAAGCGUCGCAAUCCUGGCAAUCCUAAAGUUGCACGAGGUCACAUCGUUUCACGAGUUUCCAAAGAACCUGCUUUGACCGCCUCACCUGCUCGCGAACUUUUGAAUUCCAAAGGUGGCUCGGGCAAGGGCAAAGGCUAUGGCGGCACUGGAAGUGAUGCAAGUUCAAAGCAUGCUGGAUGGCGAGAUGCAAUGCUGCGGGAUCUACAUAGCAUGAUUGCGAAGAAUGCUGAGGAGAAGCCCUGGUCCAUUCGAAAGGGGCCAGCACCAGGCUUGAAAUACCGCGGUGGCACACCUCCUGCACCACCGCAAUGGACAUACAACAAAGGAGAUCUCCAAGCAUUUCAACGCUGGGAACGCAAGUUGACCGUUUGGAGGCGACAGAUUGCCUCAUACCUUCCUCCAAACGAAGCUGCAAUGAUGCUCUAUGUCAGUCUGAAAGGAGAAGCCGAAGAAGAGCUUGAACAUGCAAGCUUGGACCGCAUCGACUCUGAGGGCGGUGUGGACUAUAUCCUCGAGACUUUGAGAGCUCCAUUGAUGGUCAAAGGUAUCUACUUGAAGCGCAAGUUCUUGGAUGAGUUUGAGCGCCUGCAACGACGCCAUGGUGAAUCUGUGAAAAGCUUUUGCAACAGGUAUCACCGUGUUGAGCGUUCACUGCAGAGUGUCGGUGUUGACACGAGCCACAUGUACGACACUGAGGCUGCAGGAUCUCGCUUGCUGGAUAGACUUCGACUUGGCAUUGAUGCCCAGCGAAUGAUCUUGGUGGCAACAUCUCAGUCUUUGAGAUAUCAGGAUGUGAAGGACGCUGCAGAGAUUCAGUUUCCUGACCACCGUCCUACACCUCCAGUGGUCUACACCAGAGACUUUGACAAGGAUGAUAAGCCACAACAGCCACGAGAUUCGAACAAGCCCAACAGCAACUACCGACCUCCUGCCCAACAAGGCAAAGGCCAACAGAAGGGCAAGCCCAGCCAGAACUCUGCCUUUGUCAAAAAGACCUACGUUGCUGAGACCGGCGAAAACGCCGAUGAUGCCAAGGAUGACACGCAGGAUGACCCUGCAGCCAACGAUGGGCCCAAUGAAAAUGACGAAGAUGCAUUUGAAGGACAAGAUGAUCCUGAAUAUCAACAAGCAGCUGACGAUGAUGAAGACGGCCAAGAUGGCGACGUCUUUCAUGAACUUCAAGAAGCAGCCAAUUGCCUGACUGUCACUGCCCGCAGAUUGCAAGGCUUGACACUGGGCCGCAAGUUCACUGGCGGCAAAACGAUCAAGCAGCGCAAGCAAGAGUCGCACUGCUCAGUGUGCGGCGAAAAAGGUCAUUGGAAAGGUGACCCAGAAUGUAGCGCCACUGCCGACUCCAAGGGCAACGACAACAGCCGAGGCAAAGCCUACGGCAAAACGUCAGCUGGAUCCUCCUCUCAGAACAAGCCCCCUGCGAGAAAGGUUUUGCAUGUGCAGCAUGGGGAUGGAAGCCGGCGAUCAGUCACUUUUGAGGAUGAGUACGAAGAUGACACUGCAAAGACCUAUGGCACGUUUUUCACUUACAUGGUCACGCAUCAUAUCGCCGACGCCCAUCAAGUUUUUGGCAAUUUCAACCCCAAGUUCACCAAAGUGAUGGUUUUGGAAACAGCAUGCCAGAAAUCAUGUUGCAGCACUGCAUGGUUGGAUGGUAAGAAAGCUUCACUAGCCGAGUUCAAGCUUCGAGUGCGCACCAUUCCCAACAGAGAAGCCUUCAUCGGGUUGCUCAACACCACCGUGCCCAUCUGUCAGAUUGCAGGCCACUUAGCACUGGAUAUUUCAAAGUUUCCGAAGAUGGCAAGCAGUUCUCAGAUGUGGAGACAAUACCAUGAGAUGUGUUUGCAACCUGAACAUGAUCCUGAACUCCUCUAUUUCUCUGCAGAAGGCUCAAGCGACCAAUUCGAUCUACGACACCGUGAUUCCCAUGAACAAGGGACCACCACCAGCAUGGCUGCAGAACUGGCGACAGAUGGUUCGCCGAUUCCGACAUGUCGAGAUGUGGAUGGCCACCAUGAUGGUGCAAGCAGUGCGGCUGGGCCUACGACCUCGAAGAUGGAUCCAACACCAAGACCCGUUGGACAUGGAACUCCAAGAGGCCCUGCUGAACAAAGCCACCAAACCAUGUGCUCACGAGAAGAUGCACCGCAAUGGGAAUCGAAGCGGAAGCUUCGCCAAGUGCCUGAUGUGCGAGAAAAAGUGGAAGUGGUCCGAAGACGAAGAUCGAUGGACAGACCUGGUAUCCUCCAAGCGACAGCCACUGCCAUUGCCUUCAUCUUCAACAGCUUCGAACUUCCUGGACAAAGCUCGACGCCCAGCUUGGGCACUGAUGGCAACUUCUUCCACGACACCACCACCUCCGGGACCACCUGGUCUGAAGGCCCUGACUGGCUCGAAGUUAUCGGCAGAAACAACGUCGCAGGGCACAGCAACACCCUUGACAACUGCGACAAGACAGCCACGAGGAGCCAAACCAAAGAACUCAAGCAAGAAGAGAUCAACUCCAACCGAGGAAGUGGAGGAGGUGGAGAGCUCGGAGUACGAAUGGGAACAAGUAGGUUGAAGAAAGGCAAUCAAACCUGGCUGACAGGCCAUCUCCGUAGCACGGCCAAGAUUUACGACUUUGAGACAAAGACCUAUGAGGCCCUGCUCACCUAUGUGGAGAAAAUGGCAACUGGCCCCAAGAUUGACCUUUUAGAAGUGUUUGCAGGUUCGGCUAACCUGACAUUCCGUGCUCCCAAGUUCAAUUUGAACGCUCUCGAGGCCAUGGACAAGACCAUCAAUGUGGACCUUAAAACUGCAGAAGGCCGCAAGUUCCUUUGGCAAGUGGUCAAGAAGUUCAAACCUUCCAAAAGUGGUCGCGGUAAGCGCAUCAACAUGUCCAUGCGGUUGUUGUUUGAUGGUUGUGCAGACAAGACCUGCGUAUUCUAUGUGCAUGCCUUGCUUGAAUCGUACUGCAGUUUGAUACCAGUCUUGCUGUCCAACCAAGAUCUUCCAGCUCGACACUUAGCAACGCUGCGAUUGGAGGUGGUGCAAUGUUUGGAGCUCCGUCUUCCAGCUCGGCAUGCGGCAGUGCUACGAUUGGAGGUGGUGCUGCGUUGCCAGGUGCAGCGUUUGGAGCUCCAUCUUCACCAUCUUCGAGCUCGGCAUGCGGCAGUGCUACGGUUGGAGGUGGUGCUGCGUUGCCAGGUGCAGCGUUUGGAGCUCCAUCUUCAUCAUCUUCGAGCUCGGCAUGCGGCAGUGCUACGGUUGGAGGUGGUGCUGCGUUGCCAGGUGCAGCGUUUGGAGCUCCGUCUUCAUCAUCUUCGAGCUCGACAUGCGGCACUGCGUUGCCAGGUGCAGCGUUUGGAGCUCCGUCUUCAUCAUCUUCGAGCUCGGCAUGCGGCACUGCGUUGCCAGGUGCAGCGUUUGGAGCUCCGUCUUCAUCAUCUUCGAGCUCGGCAUGCGGCAGUGCAGCGGGUGGAGGUGGUGCUGCGUUGCCAGGUGCAGCGUUUGGAGCUCCAUCUUCACCAUCUUCGAGCUCGGCAUGCGGCAGUGCUACGGUUGGAGGUGGUGCUGCGUUGCCAGGUGCAGCGUUUGGAGCUCCAUCUUCAUCAUCUUCGAGCUCGGCAUGCGGCAGUGCUACGGUUGGAGGUGGUGCUGCGUUGCCAGGUGCAGCGUUUGGAGCUCCGUCUUCAUCAUCUUCGAGCUCGACAUGCGGCACUGCGUUGCCAGGUGCAGCGUUUGGAGCUCCGUCUUCAUCAUCUUCGAGCUCGGCAUGCGGCACUGCGUUGCCAGGUGCAGCGUUUGGAGCUCCGUCUUCAUCAUCUUCGAGCUCGGCAUGCGGCAGUGCAGCGGGUGGAGGUGGUGCUGCGUUGCCAGGUGCAGCGUUUGGAGCUCCAUCUUCACCAUCUUCGAGCUCGGCAUGCGGCAGUGCUACGGUUGGAGGUUACGCUGAUGGCGAUGGUGCACCCAGAUAAGCAUCCGCCGAACGCUUUAGAAGAAGACCACAACUGGUGGUUGGAG